UGUUGCUUUUCAUGUGCUGUGCCAAGUCUUGAUAAUACUUUUCCCCCCAACCAAGGGACCUCAUAACCUGAUUAUGGUUAUUGCUUUACAAACAGUUUUUUCCACAGAAGGUGGCUGCUAGAGCUUAACAUAGGUACCAGUUCCAUGCGAUGGACCUGGGUCUUGCAAACUAAGCUCAUUGUAUUCUUUGCUGAAAUCAGCAAAUAGACUUAAAGAGAAACACAGUCAUCUAUCACGCCAAAUAAAAGGACAAAAUGGCUUUCGAAAGGGUUUUCCCACUUACCCAAAAGGCUUUCUGAAAGCUUCUACCUCUGCAAAAGAAAACAAAACACAAAAAGAAAUUAGAACAAUUAUGGCAGAUUGCAUGAAUUGUGAGAACGUCACAGUAACUGCUACUUUUCAUUAUGUUUGUCUUUGGGUCGUGAUAACAGAAGGUUUAUAGUAAUUACAUCAAAAGGAAGAUUUACCAUGUGAAUGAUGGUGUUUUUUUUCAGUCUUCUAAGAUCCCUAAUGUGGGGAUGACCUGAAAGGGACUAAUGUUUCUUUCAAGUGCAUGUUCAAAAGACUUUGAUGGACUGGAAGUAAAUGUGAUAAUUGAACCAUCAAGAAAGGUGGCCUAAGACUACAAUGCUAAAGUAUGCAUACCUCAGUUACAAACCUUUUUGAAAGGAAGUCUCAGCCACAGAAUGCAUAUACCUGUAGAGUUUUGCAUGGGUUUUAUAUAAAUACAAUUUAAAGAAAAAAAUAGCUGCUUGCACAUUAUACCAGAAAAACCUCCAAAACUGCAAUUGCUUUGAAAAAUAGACUUUAGGUUUUUUGGAGUUUUCUGAGAUGCUUGGUCUGUAUUUUGAUAAUUGUGCAUAUUAUGUAAAAAUGUUGGUGGACCCAUAAAUGACCAGACUUUUUCUAAGAAAAAUGUUGCUUUAAUGCAUUUCAUGAAUUUUUACUCUGAUAUCAUUGCUUGCUAGUAAUAGCAAACCUGCUUUUCUGCAUCUGCUUUGCGUAGCUAUUGUAAGGCUUUGAACUAAUGUAUGUAUUUAUUGCUUGAACUUCUGUGCAUACCUUAUAAAGCAUAAUGUCUGACAAUUUAAAUGGCUCAUGUAUUCUUGCUCCUAUCAUAAGCUGAUAAUGGGGACUAUGAUCUUUUGUAUACAGCAAAUUUUAACUGUAGCACAAACAUCUGUUUAUGUAUUGGUGGAAUAUUCCUGUUUUAUUUAUCUUUUUUGAGGUAAACUAAUUUUUGAUACUUUUCAUUACUGUGUACUGUGUUCAUACCUUGAAUUCUCUGACGUUAGAAGUCAUGGUUGAGAAUUGUAACAGCUGUUGUUCGUUCUGUAUUCAUGGCUCUCACUGCUGAAUAAAAUAAAGGACCAAACCUAGGAUUUGAAAGAAAACUGUCUACCUCUAACACCAGGGAGUUAUCAGAUUUUAUUUUACAUAGUUUUAGUCUACAAAGACACAAUUGCUUAAACCUAGUGGGCUUAAGGCUUAUAUUCUAUGUGGUUGAAUUCAUGGCACAGUUGUACUGUUUGAAAAUCAAUUAAAAUUUCAUGUGAAUGUUACAAGCAUUAGGUAGAAUUACCACUAACUGGGUUUUCUUUGGAUAACUCAGAUAUGGGGAAAUGAUCAUCAGCAUUCUGUGUCUACAGCUGCUUAACUUCAUAAGAAUGCAUUUCUUUGUGAUUAGGGAAUCGAAGCACAGCCAGCUAGGAAUAGAGCAACUGAGCUAUGCUUUAAAAAGUAAACCAUUGUGGACUUUAAUGUCCCUGGUCAGAAUCAAUCUCAAGCUCCCAUAGUCUGUUUUACUCAGAUUCUUCAAAUUGGGCAUUCACAUUUUGGAGAAUUUACUUCAGGAUUUAGAUGACACAUUCCAAUACUAGUGAACAUUUUUUGAAAGGCUAGUGUUAUUAGCUUCUAAAGCACACAUUCACCCUUGUUAUUUCAAGAGUUCAAAUCAGAAUGGGUUUUGUCCAUAAAAUCAGGCAUAUUUAACAAAAAUAAAGAUGUAAAUUUUACUAUAGUAUUAAUGUAAACAGUGUUUUCACUGCUGCUGGAUGUAAAAAUGUAAAUGAAACCAUUUCAUUCACUUGCUUAAGUUUCUGGUGUAUAAAUAAAAAGUCUACUUCUUUUUGACCCA